AUGGAUAGAACUGCAGCAGACGCUCAUAUGGCCUCCGAGCGUCUUACCUACGAGGAUGCCUCUGAUCUUGCAGAGGACAACUACCGCAAGCUCAAGGACAAAGCUGGAAAGAAGGGCAACAAUCGUGGUAAGAAGGCUGACAACAACAAGCCCAAGGGCAACAAGAAGGAGGACACAAACUGGAAGAAAGUUGCCCCUGGUCCUGGUGAGCCCCAACAGAAGGUUGUCAAUGGAAAGACUUGGAAGUAUUCUGCCCAUUGCAUUUGUUGGUCUACCACCCACGGCACGGAUGGGCAUACUGGUCCAAGAAGGAGUUGA